AGGGCUUCCGUCAUGGGCCGUGGUGCCUUCGUGCUGUCUGGACGUGAUACGUAUGCAUCGUUCGCUUCCGCGAUAUCACUGACCGCCUCUAGCCCUUCUUCCCUCACUUCGUCUUUGACUAGUAGCAAUGGGUGUCGCGGAGAAGGAAGAUCUGAAAUGCAAGCAAGCUGACGAAGAUGCCCUCGAGCUUGCUCGGCUUGGGUACAAACAGGAGUUCAAGCGGGCAUUCUCGCCUUUGCAAGUCUUCGGGCUCGUCUUUAGUAUCUUUGGUCUCUUCCCCUCGAUUGCAUCCGUCCUCGUAUAUGCCCUACCAUACGGAGGACCAGUGGCUAUGGUCUGGGGCUGGGGCAUCUGCAGCUUCUUCCUCCUUUUGAUCACGCUCUCCCUCGCCGAGCUUGGUUCCGCGGCGCCAACGUCUGGUGGCCUCUACUACUGGUCGUUCAAGUUCGCCUCUCCCCGUUGGCGGAGGCUGCUCUCGUGGAUUGUCGGCUACUCGAACACGAUCGGACUGAUCGCUGGAGUGUCGUCUGUCGAUUGGGGAUGUGCCGUUCAGCUUAUGGCGGCAGUCAGUAUCGGCUCCGGACAGACGUGGUCAGCCACGACGGGACAGACCUAUGCCGUGUUUCUGCUGAUCCUGAUCCUCCACGCUGCAAUCACGUCGUUAGCGACUUCCAUAGUCGCGAAGCUGCAAACCUUCUACGUUGUUCUCAAUGUCCUACUUUGCCUCGCAAUUAUCAUUGCGCUACCCGCGGCUACGCCGUCUGAGUUCAAGAAUAGUGCAUCAUAUGCUUUCACAGGUUUCGUUAACUAUAGCGGCUGGCCGGAUGGUUUUGCAUUCGUCCUCAGCUUCCUCGCGCCUCUUUGGACAAUAUCUGGUUUUGAUUCCUCUCUUCACAUCAGUGAGGAGGCAACAAAUGCAAGAUUGGCAGUUCCUCGAGGACUUGUUGGUGCCACAUUUGUAGCGGGCAUCCUAGGAUGGGCAAUCAAUGUAGUGUUGGCGUUCUGUAUGGGCACCGACAUCGAAAAUAUCAUGAACAGUCCCAUUGGGCAGCCAAUGGCAGUAAUUCUGUACAACAGUCUCGGACAGAAGGGUACAUUGGCUGUAUGGUCUGUUGUUGUAGCGGUACAGUUCAUGAUGGGCACAAGCACGCUCCUCGCGUCGUCGCGACAGACAUUCGCUUUCGCUAGGGAUGGGGGUCUUCCUUUCUCCGGCCUGUUGUAUCGCAUCCAUCCGCGCACGCAAACGCCUAUAGCGUGCGCUUGGGCUGCCGCGUUUGUGGCAGCUCUGCUCGGGCUCCUCGCCUUCGCUGGUGACGCGGCAAUAUCAGCCAUAUUUGCUCUGGGAGUCGUAGGUCUCUACAUCGCGUACAUCAUCCCCAUUUGCUCCAGAUUCGCUGGUGGGAGAGCGUGGGUACCGGGCCCAUUCACCCUCGGCAGAUUCGGUUUUCCGGUCGCCGUCAUAUCCCUGCUCUGGAUGGUUUUCAGCAUCAUCAUUCUCGUCUUUCCCUCGUCUCCCGCUCCGGACGCGCCCGACAUGAACUACACCGUCGUCGUUCUCGCCGCAUGGCUCGCACUCUGCCUCGUGUACUACUAUCUGCCAGUGUACGGCGGCGUGCACUGGUUCAGGGGCCCCAUCGCCAAUGUGAACGUUGACUCGGAGGAUAGCGACGAAGCUGGGGACGUCAAGAAUCCCGAUGUGGCUAUUAGUGUGAGCAGCAUAGGGACGGACUGAAGUGAUACCUCGAUUGUUGAUAGUCUGUAGAAUGAGA